GUCAGGUUAACGUCACAUAAGCUUGAAAUCUUGAAUGAAAUAAGUAAGCACAGUAAAUUUUGUGGUUUGAUGUGUUGGAAGUUUUUGAUUUUACGCUUGAUUUUCGACAAAGUAAUUCAAGAAGGUAAAAAUGACAACAUUCGACUCAAAAUAUGAUAUGUUUCCGGCUGGAGAUGUGGGUGUGGUAGAAGGUGAAAUGAACAUUCCAUCCCAAGGAGGCCCUUCUGGGGAAAGUAUGGAAUUCAAUACCCUUGAUGAACCUAUCAAAGAAACAUUUAUGCGAGACUUACGAGCUGUUGGAAACAAAUUCUUUCAUGUCUUAAUACCAAAAGAAAAGACUAGUUUAUUAAAAGAAUGGGACCUUUGGGGCCCAUUGCUGCUGUGCACACUGAUGGCAACAAUCCUGCAAGGCUCUACUGAGCGCGCUGAUAACUCGAAUGAUGGUGGACCUGAGUUUGCAGAGGUUUUUGUGUUAGUCUGGAUUGGAGCAGCCGUAGUAACAGCCAACUCUAAGCUGUUAGGCGGUAAUAUAUCCUUUUUCCAAUCGGUAUGUGUUCUGGGGUACUGCCUGUUCCCGAUCGCGCUGGCGCUGAUCAUCUGCCGCGUCAUACUCUUCAUGACGCAGAACUCAUUCCUCUUCUUCUUAAGGCUGGUCAUUUCAAUGGUCGGCUUCAUUUGGGCAACAUUUGCUGCGACAAAGUUCCUGGGCGACAGUCAGCCCGAAGGCAAGAAGGCUUUAGCUGUGUACCCGAUAUGCUUGUUUUACUUCAUACUAUCAUGGCUCGUUGUCUCUCACAGUAAUGUCUGAGCACUCAUAGUACUUAUUGAAUAUAUUUGUAUUUAUAAUUGUGAUAUGGACAUUCUUUUUAGAAUAAUUUGUGAAUAAAUGUGUUUUCUUUUUUUAGAUUAAGGCAUUUAAUGUAUUUAUUGGUAAUGACUGCAAAAUUUGGUAUUUAUAAGCCACGUUUCACGUGACAAGCACAAUUUGAUAUCACAGAAGCCAAACAAUAUGAACUUCUACACUACUGUAUACUUUCGUAAUUUUUAAAUGACAUUCCAUUUUACGAGUUAAAAUUGCAAAAUUAC